UCAUCGUAGAGGUGUGACAACGGACAGUUUAAGCUUUCUAAUGAAACGCUGGCUUGGAUUUCUACAGAUUCUGGUACUUGGAGUUAUCCUAAGCUCGGUACUAGCCUAUUGGGGCGAGGAGAGGAUUCCAUUUCCCAAGGACUCCAACUUUGCUGGGGAAAUAUAUAACAUGGCCAGGAAUACCUUACCAUAUCGAGUAAAAAGCUUUGUCAUAUCUCCUUUUGGAAUUUUAAGAGCGCUUCGGUUACUCCUUUUUGCCGUGGGACCAACUUCUGCUGCGGAAAUCAAAAGAAUUUUAUAUGCGGAGAGUGAUAGGAAAGUCGACCCUCUUUUUUCUCCAGCCCCAGGCUCCGGAUUUAAUGAAACCACAAUUGCCUUGGUACAUAAUGACAUCAAGAUAAAUCCCAAGUUUGCUAAGAAUGCCCGAGAAAUGAAGGCCUUCGUGUACAAGACUCGCUUUACGCCCCGACAUGGUGUCCUCCUCUUCAAUUACAUAUACGACAAGAUCAAACUCAAGCCCGAUCUGCAUUAUAUGAACGAUAAUCUGUACGAAAGCUUCAUCCAUGAUGCUACGAGUCGCCUUUUAUUUGUCAACUACGUGAACUUUCAAGGCCGCUUUGAGGCUUCCCUGAAUUUUAGACAGGACACAAGGAUGUUGGCUUUGUAUUCGCACAUUCCCGAGGUAAAGGCCAGAGUUCUGGGGCUGCCGUUCAAGGAUAGCAACAGUAUCCUGUUAGUGUUGCUCCCGGAUAGUGAAUCCUUGGAGGUGGAGGAGGCUUUGCGAACAGUGGACUUGAGAAAGCUGAGGAGUCGCCUAAAAUCCACUCUUAUGAAUGUAAGGAUGCCCCUCAUCCAUUCCUUCUUAUGUGACAACAACAAGUACAAUUUACGAAAAAUUUUGGGCAAGAUGGGCCUUAAAACUGUGUUCGAUCGGGCUAAUGUCGAUAUCACAGCAUUUGGAAUGAAGCAGCCCCUGGAUGGUAUUAUUUCCUACUCAACGAUCUUCAUGAGAGAUGAGGGUGUCAAUGAAGUUUAUAAUCCUCCACUUAGGCAAAAUCUCGAGAGAUUUAAGGGACAAGAUGGACUGGAAUUCAAUGUCAAUAGGAGGUUCGUUUACGCAAUUGUGGAUUCUGAAAAUGUGUACAUAAUAGGAAACUAUUAUAGUGAAAUAUAUUAAGUGAAACGUUUAUUAAAUUCUGUUCUUUUACUGACAUUAAAGUAAAAUAAUCUACUUAUUUAUAGUUACAUAAUAUGCCUGACUAAUGAAGCCUUGCAAUUCAAAUGUCGGUUCAAAGUGCCACCAAUAGUUUCAGUCUAACCAUGAAACUGUAUUGUGGCCUAGGCUUGGUGCUCCUUUUUGGAUUUUUACUUUUAAUUAGUAUCUCCGAAGGGAUUCCUGGAUUCUCUAGACAACAAAAACCAUUAAACAUCACUGCCGAUCCGAAUUUUCCCGGAAUAAUAUACAACAUCAUAAGUAAACCUCAAAAUGCCAACACACCAUUUGUAAUCUCCCCCUUGGGAAUAUCACGAGUUUUGGGACUUCUGCUUUUCGCUAUGAAAUUCGCUUCGUCUGAAGAAAUCAUCAGGAUCUUAUAUCCGAAAAUACGCGGAAAUUCAAGUGAUCUUCCACCUCGACCCCAGAUCUUGCCACUGCAACAGACGGCCAUAAAAGAGCUCACUGCUGUUCUGGUGCAUCCCAGCAUACCUAUAAAUGUUUUUUUUGAGAUCGAGGCUGAUGAUGUCAGUGCCUUAUUGUUAAAGACAACGUUUGAGAAGGAGAACCUAGAGAAGCUCGACAAGAUCGCUGAGAAGUCCUUGGAUAUGCCUCGAGUUUUUAGUAAAUUUUUUCCGUUCGGUCCGUCAAAUCGAAUAAUAUUCUUCAAUUAUCUUCAGUUUAAAGGACAAUUUGAGAAUCGUUUAAAGUUUGAUCCGUUUCAUAAAUGUGAGAGAGUGAAUAGACUUCUAACACUAUUUGAAUAUAAUAAAGAGCUGGCUACCGCUAUUGUUGGACUUCGAUUUAGGAAAAGCAAUGCUAUCUUACUCCUCAUGCAGCCCAUGAAUACUCGGGGGGACCAAGGAUCAUUGCCCGAUUUGGAAAAGGCUCUGAAGACCGUAGAUCUGAGAAAAAUACGCCGGCGACUAAGAAUCAGAAUGUUACACUUAUGCUUACCGAAAAUAACUAUGUUCAGUAGCUUCAAUUUGAAGGAGUCCCUAAUCCAGGCCGGAGUUAAAAGAGUCUUCGACUCUUCGAUAGUUGACGCGCCUAGAUAUGCGGAGAGGGUGGAUCAAAAGCAGGAAAGGUUGCCUCUUGAUAAUAUUCGGGUUUCUACACACUUUUUGAUGGAGGAAGAUGGCAUCACAUUUGCCCAUUAUCCUGCAAAGAAUGUGACUUACGAGUAUGUACCAGGAGACAUCAAGGAAAUCGACCUGGAAGGUGUCGUCAAUAUAAGCAUGAAAAGGUUUAUUUAUGCUGUAGUCGAUCCUCAGCAAGUCUAUCUAAUGGGACGCUAUGUGAAAGAUUGAUAACGUUUAUUUUUUCUGAACUUUUGUGAAAGAAUAAAGCUGCAUAAUCCCUUUCUUCCCA